GAAAGAAAAGGCAAUAGAAAAUAGAUGCGAUGAUUAAUCCCAAAUCCGAAUGAAAUUAAUUGGUGGAAGGAGGAAGGUCUCCAUCUGGCAUUAUUCCGACACGGCGCAGCACUACACUUAACUUCGAACCAACUCUCUCUGUACAGACUGAAGGAAUCAAUCUUCAACUCAAUAAUAAUUAUUCGAAAUCGACAAGGAAAGCAAACUGAACUGAAAACGAUGGACAAAGUCAUGACAUUGUCCGAUGCGGCGGGCUUGGGCCGACGGGCCGGUCCACGUUCUCCUUCCUCGUCUUCCAUCCUGCCCUACAACCUCCCCCUUCUCGCCGCCCUCCUCGCCUGCGCCCUCGCCCAGUUCCUCAAGAUCUUCACCACCUGGUACAAGGAAAAGAGAUGGGAUACUAAAAGGAUGCUUGAUUCUGGUGGAAUGCCUUCAUCGCAUUCUGCAGCGGUAUCAGCACUAGCAGUGGCUAUAGGUCUCCAAGAAGGAACAGGGUCAUCCGCAUUUGCAAUUGCUGUCGUCUUGUCAUGUAUUGUAAUGUAUGAUGCCUCAGGAGUUAGACUUCAUGCAGGUCGGCAGGCAGAAUUGCUGAAUCAAAUUGUGUGUGAGCUACCACCAGAACAUCCUUUAUCCAGUUGCAGACCUCUGCGUGAUUCACUUGGCCAUACUCCACUUCAGGUUUUUGUCGGUAGCAUAUUGGGAUGCAUAAUAGCAUUUUUGAUGAGAGGCCCCCAUUAAUAUUCUGUGUGAUGAUGAUCGAUACUAAUUCAUUUGCCCAAUCACAAGUGUUACUUCAUAGCCAACACAAAAUCAUCGUCCAAAGGGCAUGAAAGCCUGCUGUUGUUCCAAGCUUCUUUAGGGUAAACUGGUUCUGAUGGUUCACGUCGGGUGUUGAGAGAUCCAGCUUCCUGAUUUUUUGGACGUUCCAACUUCUCUUGUAUGCGUUAAUUAGUUCAUCCUUUAAGUGUUAACUAUUGCAGUAUAGGUUAAUUUUUAUUGAACACCAUUUGAUAUAAACUAUGGUCUUUCCAUUGUGAAAUUCACAAGCUGUGGAGGUUGGUUUUUGUGUUUGACUAUAAAUGUAAAUCUAGUUUGUGAUAUAUGAUUAUGAGUUUGUCUAUAAUUGUGAAGUUUGUUUUAAUUAUAUAUAUGUAA